UCCGGCAUGGAUGGGAAGACUCUCGUGUCUGGGAUCAGGCGGUGUCGUCUCAGACCGAAUCGGAUAAGCGCGCCAGGUACAGAGACUCUCGUGUCUGCGAUUUGAUUUCGGAAUCGGACUCCUCCCCGAUUGCAACGCUUAGAUGCUGCAGGGCGCUGCCGCCUUGGGCUCUAUUAAUAUUUCUAAACAAGCAUCACUUUGCGUCGGCAGAUCAAUCCACAAGCAAAGGGAAGGGGAGGUAUCCACCCGCCAUUACAAAUUAUUAGGUGCCCUGCCAGCAACCAAAACAGGAUUUUUGGAUCCACCGCGGUGCUUGGACUUGGAAGGGAGAGAUGCCUAAGCGGCGGGGGCAGAACAACCAAAACCAACGCGGCGACAGUGACCUCGCGGGCAAAAGGUCACGGCCAGCGCGGCGGCGGAAGCACCUCUAUCUGGUCUUGGAUGACUGGAACAAGGGGUUCAGCGUCCAUAAGAUUGACACAGACAGUUUCGACUCCGACUCCGAUGACGACCAGGGCCCCAGGGUUGCCGUUGCUGAGCAUCUGCCCGAGCCUCCGGCCCUGCGGUUACAGUCACCAGGGCCUCAUGUGCCCAUGUUGUUCACCACCGCGGGCAGCAAGAUUUUCGUUGUUACCGAUGCACGCUAUGGACAGACCCCUGCCCUCGUCUACGACACGGAGACAGCGGGACUGGCGAUUGGCCCUGUCGUCCCUGCUCACCUGCAAUGUGGCUUCAGCAUCGUCGUGGCUGUCCGUGAAACGCUCUAUGCAUUCUCAUCUCCCGCUUGUAACGAGCAGCUCUCUUUUGAGGUGAUGUCGUGCGCGCCCACUGGCUUGCAUGAUCCAAGCGAGGAGGGCUGGUCCUGGAAAAGCUCGCCGGCACCACCGUCACCAUUCGACAUCUAUGAAAUCAUCACCUCUUAUGCCGUGCACCCGGACGGACAUACCAUCUACAUGACCACGUCCUACAGGGACCGUCCGAACCUUCAAAAGAGCACCUACUCCUUCAACACCAAGUAUUGUGCGUGGAGGUGGCAUGACUGGGUUCUGCCUUUCCAAGGCCAAGGUCACUUUGAUAGCGAGCUGGAUGCAUGGGUUGGGCUUCACAUGGAUGGCUACAUUUGUUCCUGCCAAGUCACCUCCGACAUUGGCAGCGAAACUCCAGUAGAGCUGGGCACAACGGAGCUGGAGUGGCAGAUUGUGGUGGAGAAGUUUCUUAACGAGCAAACUGAAAGACACUUGAGGGCCUCUCUCACCUAUAUGGGCAGAAGCAAGUUUUGCCUCGUCCAGAGUGUGAUACGCAAGGGAGCGAAGGAGAAAUACCCAUUGGAUGACGACGACGGUUGUGUGCUCCAUCUGACCAUAUUUGGCCUCAAGUACAAUCAUAAGGGAGAGGUGCAAGCGACAAAUCACCGAUCCACAUGCUCCUACCGAGUAUCUAGUCAUAAAGAUUACUUUUCUCCUAAAGCAUUCUGGGUGUAGAAAUAGUUUAGUUGGUUGCAACAUGCUGCACCUCCCGAAUCCACUAUUUGGGUGUCACCUAUGAAAAACUGGCGCAUGUUGUGCAUCCUAGAUAUAAAUUAUAGAUUGUGGUACUGUAAAGAGA